AUUGAUUCAUCUAACAUUCUAACAGUUUUUUGCUACAGAGAGAGAGAGGGGGAGAGAUGGUGAGGAAGAAGGGAGUUGUGUUCGACGAUGGAGCUCCGGACGACUUCGACCCAGAGAGCCCGUACAAGGACCCGGUGGCGAUGCUGGAGAUGAGGGAGCACCUGGUUCGGGAGAAGUGGGUACAUAUCGAGAAGGCCAAGAUCCUCCGCGAGAAGGUCCGGUGGUGUUACCGCAUCGAGGGCGUCAAUCAUCUCCAGAAGUGCCGCCAUCUUGUCCACCAGUAUCUCGACGCCACACGCGGCGUUGGCUGGGGCAAGGACCACCGCCCACCUUCUCUCCACGGUCCUAAGGUUCAGGCUGUGGAGUCCAAUAAUUGAAUGACAAAUUGACUGUUUUUCCCCCAUUUUUUCUGGUCUCAUUUAGUCUUUUGAGUUAAUAAGAUACUCCGAAUAAAGUGGAGAAGUGAGAAGCGUAUUGACUGUCAGUUCACUUUGCUGGUGCGCCUGUCUUUUCCGCCCAAGCAUUUUUGUAAUAAAACAUUUAAUGUGUAGAAUUAUAGUUCCGAUACUUAGACAUUGUCUUGUUUUCUUCAUGCUUUUUGCUUCUAUUUGAAACUAAGAAUUGUGCACCAGAGCCAGAAAUGCAAAGUGCAAAAUGCAAACAAAGCAAAAGUUCAUUUCACUUCAUGGCUUAUGUUUAGUUUCAUUCUUUUUAAUGGUUA